UUCAGGUAUAAUAAAAAAGAAAUUGUUUGUUUUCCAAUAAAGAUUCUUAUAGCAAAAUAAAUUAACGAUAACAAAGAACGUAGAGCCUGGUCGUAAUACGGAUGUUUUUCAGUACCAUGGAACCUCCAGUACAAUGCACAACAGCGUGAUAAAUGGGACCGUAUUUCUCAUCAUUAUCUUCAUAUCAGCUCAAUUUCAAGCAACAACGUCAGAUGCUUCAGGCGAUAUGGGAAGUGGAAUGCCUAUUACAAAUUCAACUGAAAUAUACGAAGGAUACAGCGGGUCACCAUCGAUAUCAAUUAAACCAUGUUUCUGCAACGUGACAUUUUCCAGCAACGAAUCAUGCGUGGUUUCUCUGACGAAAUUCAAGCAAAAUGACAUAUGCUCAAAUUGGACGGUGCAAAUAGAAAUACAAACGCGGAAAGUCGGAUCCAACCUAACAGAAAUCGAAGAGCAACUUGAAACCCCAAACGAAAAAAAUUGCACCGUCAACACAGAUGCUAUAUUUGUCACUGUUAUUGUAAAUACCUCGAUAUCUUUGAUACAGUCGAUACCAGAUCAUGAAUUAGAAUAUUCCGGUUCUUCCAGUGAUGAUUUGUUCAGGUUUCCGACCUUAGAUCGAUGUGUUAUUCAAUCUGAUGAACACAAUAAGAAUUCAAUAUUUAAUUUGAGAGAAGAAUUACUUCCAACACUUCAGGAUGCGAUUGAUUGUGCAUUUAACCGUUCAAAGCGUGCAAUUCCAAUAUGGAUCAACAGAUAUAAGCCUAAAAUAACGGUAGAGAGGCUGCAGCCGGCACAUUCUAAAGAGUACAUGCUUCUUUUUAUACUUAACUUUGGACUUGUUCUCAUUCUGAUGAAAGCAAUUAUAUGCUUUCGGGAUUUGAUCGAACGGCGAAUGACGAGAAAAACCAAACCCCCUUCAAGAUCGUCAUCCAACGACAACUUGUCUGCUUUUGUAUGAAUCAAAAAGACCGUUCGUUUACAAUUAUAACAAAAGAGAGAACAACGCCAUAAUGGGUGAUAGGAUAUAAAUCCACAUUUUUAAAUUAUUUACAAAAAAUUGAAUGGCCGGUAUAGAUAAGUCUUGUUCUCUGCAAGUUUUGCAACAUAGCGAAACACCUAACAUUUGUGGGCUAUAUGUUUUUUCCCACCUCGCUAUCAUAUCUCAGUCAGUUUAGCAUACAUAGAAACUACGUUUGGUUCGGUAUAACCAAUUUUAAAUCCUGAUUCAAGUUGUGGCUCUAAGCGGGUUGUUUGGGUUGAGUGUUUGGGUUUUUUCUGUUUAUUUUGUUGAUAUUUUAUAAAAAAUCGUUGCUUACUUUUAUAUAGAAAAUAGUUACUUACAGCAAAUAUGACUAGUGCAACUCAAUUCAUUAAAUUCAUAUUUCAAGUUUACCAAGCAAUUUCAAUUUUAAAUUUUUAGUUUUUGGUGAGAUUGCGAGCACCAGUCGAGUCAUCCCCGAACACUUUUUAUUUUUCAUCAGUAUUAUAGUCACAUCGUAACCGAUUUACAAGAUUCAUGAAUACAUUGAAACGAAUGUUUUUGAGCCUUUUUAUAAUAAUAACUCAUUAUAUGUCUUUGUUUAGUGUUACUAUUAUUUGUUUGAUAUAAAAGCUUUUAAUACAAAA